AUGGCUACGGCAGCAGCCCCCGAAUCCUCUCUCCUCUCCCUGCUCUACCGGUCAUACCCGGCCGCCAUCUCUCCCGAUGCGACUGAGCCCGACUACCUCCACGCUUCGUCCAAGAUUUUCCCCACGGUCACCUUCGCCGAGGAUGAGGAAGCCGACAUCAAGCAAUGGCUGCACACCGUCGACGGCCUGAAGUCCUCCCUGGCUAAAGGCGAGAAGGGAGCGUCCGAUGGAAUUCUGAACCAGUUGAAUAUCCACCUGGCCACGCGGACAACUGUCCUCGGCGCGAAGCCCUCGGUCGCCGAUAUUGCCAUCUACGCUCUUCUGGCCCCCGCCGUUGAGAAGUGGACUCCCGAGGAGCGCACAGGAGAGAAGGGCUACCACCACAUCGUGCGCCACGUCGACUUUGUGCAGAACGCCCGCCUGUUCGCUCUGCAGAUUCCCGACGAGGAGAAGGUCGCCAUCGACGUGAACGACGUUAAGUUCGUGCCCAAGCCCGUCGACCCCAAGGAGGAGAAGGAGCGCAAGAAGCGUGAGAAGGCCAGCGCCCAGAACCCAGACGCCAGCAACGAGGCCAAGCCUCUGGUCGUCGGCCAGGGUAAGCCCGAGAAGGGUAAGGCUGACAAGAGUCAGGCCCAGGCCGGCGCUGACGCCGCCGCCGCCGGUGGCCCUCCCAGAACCAACAAGAAGGAAAAGAAGGAGAAGAAGGAGAAGGCCCCCAAGCCCGCUCCUGCGCCCGCUGCCCCUCCCGCCCCGUCACUGAUUGACCUGCGUGUCGGUCACAUCCUGCGCGCCAUCAACCACCCCAACGCCGACUCCCUGUACGUCUCCACUAUAGACUGUGGUGACGCCCCCGGCAGCGACAACACCUCCCUGGACGAGGAGACCGGCAAGACCGUCCGCACCGUCUGCUCCGGUUUGAACGGCCUGGUGCCUCUGGAGGAGAUGCAGGGCCGCAAGAUCGUCGCCGUGUGCAACCUGAAGCCCGUGACCAUGCGCGGCGUCAAGUCGUGCGCCAUGGUUCUCGCCGCGUCGCCCCGCGUCGCUGAGGGUGAGGACUCGCACGCCGGCCCCGUCGAGCUGGUCAACCCUCCCGCCGAUGCCCCGGCCGGUGAGCGCAUUAGCUUCCAGGGCUGGAACGACGGCGAGCCCGAGAAGCAGCUCAACCCCAAGAAGAAGGUCUGGGAGACUUUCCAGCCUGGCUUCACUACCACCGGUGACCUCGAGGUUGCCUUUGACAGCAGUGCUGUCCCCACUGUCCAUGGCCAGGAGGGCAAGCCUACCCUUGGAAAGCUGGUUGCUGCCUCUGGUGGUGUCUGUACCGUUAAGAGCCUGAAGAACGCCACUGUGCGGUAA